GUGACUAUUCACUAUGGCUUCCCAGUGCUGGGGAAGGCUGUCUGGUUGUCCGGCGUGAUUUGUUUCCUCUUUGUGGCGGGGUAAUUGGCUCACGACUUCGACAUGCAAAAAAUCAAAUCUCUGAUGACCCGGCAGGGUCUGAAAAGUCCUCCGGAGAGCCUCAGUGAUCUUGGUGCCAUUGAGAGUCUUCGGGUCCCCGGAAAGGAGGAAUUCAGGGAACUUCGAGAACAACCAAGUGACCCUCAAGCUGAACAAGAGCUAAUUAAUAGUAUUGAACAAGUAUAUUUUUCUGCAGAUUCAUUUGAUAUUGUUAAAUAUGAGCUGGAGAAGCUUCCACCUAUUCUCAAUUUACAAGAAUUAGAGGAAUACAGAGACAGAUUAAAACAACAGCAAGCUGCAGUCUCUAAAAAAGUAGCAGACUUAAUCCUUGAAAAACAGCCUGCUUAUGUGAAGGAGCUUGAGAGAGUGACAUCAUUACAGACAGGUCUUCAGUUAGCUGCUGUUAUCUGCACAAAUGGGAGGAGACACUUGAAUGUUGCGAAGGAAGGUUUUACUCAAGCUAGUUUAGGCCUUCUGGCAAAUCAAAGGAAGCGUCAGUUGCUGAUGGGACUUCUGAAGUCACUGAGAACUAUAAAAACAUUGCAAAGAACAGAUGUGCGCUUAAGUGAAAUGCUGGAGGAGGAGGACUAUCCAGGAGCUAUUCAGUUGUGCCUGGAAUGCCAGAAAGCUGCCAGCACUUUCAAACAUUACAGUUGCAUAAGUGAGCUGAAUUCAAAGCUGCAGGAUACUUUAGAACAAAUUGAGGAACAAUUGGAUGUAGCCCUUUCCAAAAUCUGCAAGAAUUUUGACAUUAAUCAUUACACCAAGGUUCAACAAGCUUAUCGGCUUCUUGGGAAAACACAGACUGCAAUGGAUCAGCUUCAUAUGCACUUCACUCAAGCCAUUCACAAUACGGUGUUUCAGGUUGUUCUUGGUUAUGUGGAACUGUGUGCAGGAAACACAGAUACAAAAUUCCAGAAGCUGCAAUACAAAGACCUCUGUAUGCAUGUUACACCAGACAGCUACAUUCCUUGCCUGGCGGACCUAUGCAAAGCACUGUGGGAAGUCAUGCUCAGCUAUUACAGAACCAUGGAGUGGCACGAGAAGCACGGCAGUGAGGAGACUGUGUCAUUGCCUGAAGGAAGUAAUUUAUUGGGUACUGAAGAAACCAAUUUUGAUCGUGGCUAUGUAAAAAAGAAGUUAGAACAUGGGCUUACACGAAUAUGGCAGGAUGUUCAACUAAAAGUGAAAACAUACUUGCUUGGAACUGAUUUGUCUAUAUUUAAAUAUGAUGAUUUCAUCUUUGUUUUGGAUAUAAUCAGCAGGUUGAUGCAAGUUGGAGAAGAAUUUUGUGGCAGCAAGUCUGAAGUUUUGCAAGAAUCUAUUAGAAAACAAAGUGUCAAUUAUUUCAAGAACUACCACAGAACACGACUCGAUGAACUUAGAAUGUUCUUAGAAAACGAGACAUGGGAACUUUGCCCUGUUAAGUCAAAUUUCAGUAUCUUGCAACUUCAUGAAUUUAAAUUCAUGGAACAGUCUCGUUCCCCAUCAGUUUCACCCAGUAAGCAACCUGUGUCAGCUUCUUCAAAACCUGUGACCUUGUUUGAGCAGUACUGUAGUGGAGGCAAUCCAUUUGAAAUUCAAGCCAGCAACAAAGAUGAAGAAACAGAAGAUGUCUUGGCUUCUAAUGGGUAUGAAUCUGAUGAGCAGGAGAAGAGUGCCUACCAGGAGUAUGACAGUGACAGUGAUGUUCCUGAGGAGCUCAAGCGGGACUAUGUGGAUGAGCAGACAGGAGAUGCGCCCAUGAAGAGUGUUUCACGAGAGACCCUUAAAAGCCGGAAAAAAUCAGAUUACAGUUUAAAUAAAGUGAAUGCGCCUAUCUUGACAAACACUACCCUGAAUGUAAUAAGACUUGUUGGAAAAUAUAUGCAGAUGAUGAACAUUCUUAAGCCAAUAGCCUUUGAUGUUAUCCAUUUCAUGUCUCAGCUAUUCGAUUACUACUUAUAUGCAGUAUACACCUUUUUUGGUCGGAAUGAUUCUCUGGAAUCAACUGGACUUGGCCUUAGUAGUAGUAGACUGAGAACAACUCUAAACAGAAUACAGGAAAGUCUUAUUGAUCUUGAAGUUUCAGCUGAUCCUACCGCCACACUCACAGCAGCAGAAGAAAGGAAGGAGAAGGUACCCAGUCCACACCUCAGUCACCUAGUGGUUUUGACAUCUGGGGAUACAUUGUAUGGGUUGGCAGAGAGAGUGGUAGCCACAGAAUCCUUAGUGUUCUUGGCUGAACAGUUUGAGUUCCUUCAGCCACAUUUGGAUGCUGUGAUGCCUGCAGUCAAAAAGCCCUUUCUGCAGCAAUUUUAUUCUCAGACAGUUUCAACUGCCAGUGAACUACGCAAACCCAUUUACUGGAUUGUAGCUGGUAAAGCUAUUGAUUAUGAACAGAUGCUCCUCCUAAUGGCUAAUGUGAAGUGGGAUGUAAAAGAAAUCAUGUCACAGCACAACAUAUAUGUAGAUGCUCUGUUAAAGGAAUUUGAGCAGUUUAAUAAGAGGUUAAAUGAAGUUUCUAAGAGAGUGCGGAUUCCCUUGCCAGUGUCUAAUAUACUCUGGGAGCAUUGUAUACGACUGGCUAACAGAACCAUUGUGGAAGGAUAUGCCAAUGUCAAGAAGUGCAGUAAUGAGGGUCGUGCCUUGAUGCAAUUGGAUUUUCAGCAGUUUUUAAUGAAACUUGAAAAACUAACCGAUAUUAGACCCAUUCCUGAUAAAGAAUUUGUGGAAACAUACAUCAAAGCCUACUACCUAACUGAGAAUGACAUGGAGCGCUGGAUCAAGGAGCACAGGGAAUAUUCAACGAAGCAGUUGACCAACCUGGUGAAUGUUUGCCUGGGAUCUCACAUCAAUAAGAAAGCAAGGCAAAAGCUCCUAGCAGCUAUAGAUGAUAUAGACAGACCUAAAAGAUAAUGAAGCACUGCUCUCUUUCCUCAGUGACAUCAGUCUUCUCUCAACAUAUAAAAUGUAAAAGGCGGAUUGUUCUGCACUUCUGACAUUUGGCUGAGAAGACUUUGUGCAUGUUCUUUCAAACUGGAAAGUGGAAAACACUGAAGUGUGUGUGCUGUUCUCGGGUGAUUUUCAUAUGUGCCCAUCUCUUCAGAUUUUGGUCUUGUAACCCUUUCCUGAAAUGAUUGUUGUCUUGUCAUAACGUUAUUAUGUGACUACAGUUACACACUUUACAGAAGAAUGCAUCAUAAACACAUAGUUGGAAGGCACAGUGGCUAAUGUUUGUAUGAAUAGUUUUUGGAGAGUGAAUUCAUGUUGGCAUUUUUCUGUCCUCUGAGCUUGGUUCUUAGUGAACAUGAAAGGGUGAAUGUACAGUUAUUUCCUAAUUACGAGCACUGCAUGAGAAUUUUAAAAGUACAUGUAAGUAAGAUAGUAGAAAAAUCACUAUGUUUUCUGUUUUUAAAUGUCAGAGCUUAUGUCAGGGUUAAUUUGGUUAUAACAAUGAUCAUAAAUGAUGAAAUUUAAUAAACAUUGUACUCUAAAAUGUUUGGUGUGUGUAAGACUACAUUUUAAUAUUUGUAUCUGACAGGCACAGAUGGAACUAUAGUGAAAUUUUUUUAGCAUGCUCUAGUUUUAAUUAUUUUAUAUUGUGAAACUCCUGGUGGGAAUUAAUUUCAUUCCAUGUACUUAUCUGAGUAUCAUAAUACAAUGAUUAUUGUGGAUUUCACCUUUUCAUAAAAAUAUGAAAUAUUUAUUUUAUGUGUUACUGUCUUUGAAUUCAGCUUUUAGCUUAGGGCAGAAGACCAAGGUUGACUGGCUGAGGAUAAAACUGUGUCACUCAACAUAAAUAUAGGUCAGACAUUUGUUUUUCUUAAAUACUUGUAACACAGGUGUAAAAUACUAUAGGUGUAACAGUGAGGAACUUCAGAACCCAAUUAAUUACUAUGUAUCGUUCAUCUAAACUUUUGCCUUGGAGUCAGGCAUCUCCUCCUAAUACAUAUAACAUGAAAAUAAAUUUCCAAUGUGUGU